UGAUGAUAUGAUGUUCAUUUUACAACAAAACUUGUAUGAACUUGUAAUUUCCAGCAUAUUUUUUUAUUUAUUAUAAUUUUAUAUCGUCAGGUCAGAAUAAGAUUAUGUGAAGGAAGACUAAAGUAGAUGCUUUCGUUGCUUUCUCAUCUGUCAGUAUAUCAUUAGAAGUUAGUGCCAUGGCAUGCUGUGCGUUCAACGGUCACAUAUCAGAAAUACCGAACAUAUCGGUCGACAACUUCACAAACAAAAAUGUCCAAGUGUACUUCCUGAGCCACACCCACACGGACCACACGCCGGGCUUGUAUGACCACCGCUUCAUACAAACAUUGAAGACGAAUGGUGCAGUAAUGUACAUGUCGGAGAUGUCAGCGGCUAUUGUGAAAUAUGAAGUCAAAUGUAGAUUGGGAAGUUAUGAUACUGAUGAGAUUGUUAAACGGAUAAGGGUUGUAGGGAUAGAAACAAUAGAAGUACUGUUAAAGGCGGACCCCAAGCGACGCCAGAAAGAGACCAAGUUAUAUGUGACCGCUAUACCCGCCGCACACAGUAUUGGCUCCGUCAUGUUUCUGUUCAAGACAGACUUCAUUACGGUGCUAUACACAGGUGACUUCAGAAUAAGCGUAAACGACGUUCCAAAAUUCAACCAGCUCCACGACAACGGCGCGCCAAUACCCAUAGACACGCUCUACGUCGACACAACUUUUUUAGACGACCGUUACACGACGUUCCCCAAGCGGAGCGUCAGUGUGGACGCGGCUUUACGCGAGAUGGAACGAUGGCUGAAAGAGAAGGGGAGAGUCGCUAUAAAGACGUCGGCGAAGUUUGGAUAUGAGUUUGUUUUUAAUGAGGUUUUUAAAAAGUUGGGGGUCAAGGUGUUUGUGGAGGAGGUUAGAUGGAGGGAACUAUAUAGCCACCUCCCCCACUUGGUCUACGGAGUAACUAACGACCAAUCACCAGUGCACCUCUGCUGGCCCAAGAACAGAAGAGACCACACAAAUUGCACCCCAGACGCAACCGACCACAAAUAUCUGAACAUACACCUUUCUGCCCAAAAGUGGGCCCACUAUGACCCAGACGAUAAUCCCAUAAAUAAAAUAUCGGAAAACGAAAUCGAUGUAUGCUUCAGCACGCAUUGUAGUAAGACGGAGUUAAUGUAUUUUGUCAAUUAUUUUAAGCCAAAGAAAGUUGUGGGGUUCCCUAAUAGGUUUAGGAAUGAGGUUAAGGAUGAGGUGAGGCCGAAGAAAGCUAAGUUUGAGGACGGGAAGCUGGAAAAACAAGUUUUGAGGGAGAUAUUUGACAUUUGAGGUUUGAACUUAGCAUUAACCUUUAGCCGCCCAUACGUCAAACCUUGCCAAGCAAAAUUAAAUUUUAUUUUGUCAGCACAAAGUUCAAAUUAGAAUGGAACAGGAUACUUUUGUUAGGUCUCUGGGCGGUUAGAGGUUAAAUGAAAAAUGUGUUAGUUUUUGUUUAGAGUCAGACCGAGAAAAGUCUGCAGCGAUUUUGAUAGCACACGCAGUGCAAGUGUUAUUUAUACGUCAUAAUUUCACAGAAGUUUGACGUUGAAAAUAACACUUGCACUGCGUGAGCUAUCAAAAUCGCUGCAGACUUUUCUCGGUCGAACUCUGUUGAUGAGCUUAAUAUUAUUGUUUUAUAAUGUUUAUAUUAUAUUAUACUGGUUAUGUCACAUAUUUUUGAGAUGAUUUGUGCACCCAUAUUUUUACAGUUCAGACUGUACAAAGAAUUUCGUACAAUGACUCGCCUGGGCCUAUAACCGCGAAAAUCGAAGUUCGCAAAUUGUGGGCAUUUAUCUCUGUCACUCUAAUUACGCCUUGAUUGGAGUAAAAGAGAAAGAUCCCCGCAAUUUGCGAAUUUCUGUUUUCGCGGUAGCCCCUCUGUUCCUAUUUCUAUCGCCCAUGAUGCCGGCGCUCAAUGACACUGUGCGAGCGAGACAGUAGUAUAAUUAUGCGCGUGCGAUAGAGAUAGGAACAGGCGGGUCAGUGUACGAAAUUAUUUGUGCUUAGCGUCCUUACUUUAGUAAGAGGAUGAAUUUAAUAAAAAAAUAAUGGUUUUAAGCAAGCGAAUUCUUAGUCUAUGGUUUUAAGUUAAGUAUAAUCUCAUAGAACCAACUAGAGACAAGUCAUUUUGAUGUAGAAAGCCAUAUUAUAUUAAUAUAUUAUUUAUAAGUAUGAACUAAUAUUUUUUGUUCGAGUUUGAACUCUAUUCUUUUAUUUGUUUAGUGCAUUUUUGUUUACUUGUUUUCUUUUUAACAAUUGUGGUAUGAAGACUGUUUUACAUUUUGACUGACAUUAGACUUAUUGAAUUGUGUUAUGGUGAA